UAAUCCACAAGCCUCUAAACCCGUGACCGUCAUGAGGAUUUUUUUCUUUUCUCCGGGACACGGGAGAGGGAAAAGAAUUUGGGGCGGUGGAACAAGUAAUAAGACGGGAGAAGAGAGACUUGCCGGGCGCCUGACUCUGUAAACUGGAGACAGAGAGUGGAGCACUUGUCUGCAAUUCAAUUAGCCAAUUAGCUUGAUGCGUUGCAACGACACAGACGGGAUGCCUCGAGGAGACUUCAACAUUUACUUUGCCAGCAGUCGACGUGGAUUUGUCAGAGCCGAGGAGGCAGUGGGUGUUGCUCUGCUGGUGAUCAUCCUGGCUGCCCUCGUCCUCCUGGGCUGCUGGUAUUUUAAGAGGCGGGGUGGCUACAAGAAAAUCAGGAGUCCCAGGUCGGGGUCACCAGCUUACACAGGAGGUCAGUACUCAGAGGCUGGACCAUCUGCACAAAACAAGAUGGCACUCGCCGACUUUGGCAGCCUGCAGUCUGUGAUGCCCAACGCUCCUCCUGCCUACGAAAAGAUCUCCUCUGGACCGCUGCCUCCUCCCUAUUCACCAUAAAAGCACACUCAAAGAAGAAAGGAAAACAGCGCAUCUGUUGCCUGAUGAUUCACACAAUGUACAUAUUGUCUCAACAAAUGAUUAAAACACUACAAGGAGUCUUUGUAGAAGGAACAACCCCUGAAAAAACAAAUGGGGCAUAGAUGUUUAUUAUUUCCAUGCUUUGACAGCCACAUUAGUUCCAUGAAAAUGUAUCUAUGUAGUAAAUAACUCUAUAUGGUAGAAAAUAAAUAAAAAGUGAGUGCAAAACA